CGUACACCAACACACAUACACACACAUACACUAACACACACACACACAAAGCACACACAACCACACGCACUCUCUUACACAAGCGUACACGAAAGUCGUCGUCGCUUGCGGCUCCGUGAUUCCUGUUUGUCCACACUUCGAGGACUCAGAGGAAACUCGGCCUGACGCUGCAGAGUCGACAGACCGACAGACGGGAGAGCUGACAGACAGCAUGGAGACCAUCUCAGAGUUCCUGUCUGACAGCCAAGCGAGGGAGAAGUUGAUGAGGACGGCGCAGUACGCGUGCACCCUCGCGAGACACGUGAACGAGCGCACUUGGCGCCGGCCCGAGGCUUCGGACAAACUCAAGGCCCUGGUGUCCCACCUGAAGCUGAGCCGCAAACUGCUGCGCCUGGGCAGGAGUGUGAACAGCCUGCACGCCCUGCGCCUCUCGGCCCGUCUCUCCAACCCCGUGCUGCGCUUCUGUCUGAGCUCCGUGCACGCCACGAGGGCUCUGUACUUCGUGUGCGACAACCUGCUGUGGGCUUGGAAGGUGCAUCUGGCCCCCCACCUCGACUCCCAGCGCUGGGGGGCCCAAGCAGCACGAUGCUACCUCCUUUCACUCAUCGCCUGCUUGCUUCGGGACCUCUACGAAAUCAUCAUCAUCAUCAUCGACAACAACGAUGAGACGGCCGGUCGAAUCUUGCAGACACCUGCCGCUCAGCGGCCAGAAACAACCGAUGUAUGGGGACGCGCCACGGGCCUCCCCCAGGCUAAGACGACGAUGACAAGGAAGGGCAUUGGCCUUUGGGGAGAGUUGAGACGUCGGCCGGAGCUGUGGGUGGACCUGGCGAAGAACGCGCUGGACCUGCCGAGUCCGCUCGAGAGGCUGGGCGUUUUCCGAGUUGACGAGGGCAUCAUCGGAUUGUGCGGCCUCGUGUCCUCCAUCCUGGGACUUGUGCAGUUGACGCAGCCUGGGCUGAAGCUGCGGCCGUGAAACGGCGCGCGAGCGAGCACACGGUGGUGCGCAGAGGCACACAGCGCCACCCUGGCAGCCUUCUGCUUCGGGCAGAUGGAAUGCCGCAUUGGCGUGUGCGAUUAUUCAGAAAGGUAAUCAUGGUGGUAAUCGCCAGCACUACUGAAGAAUACACUAACGUGACGUGGUCAGAGAGUAUAUACAGAGCAGGUGCAAUCGUAUGGCUCUUUCCAAAUGACUCAUGAGUGGUGGCCGGGUGGCAUGGAGAUCAGAGGGCCGAGCUGGCAUCGCCGAGAUCCUGGGUUCAAAUGCGCAGUCACCUGUGAUGAAACUGGCUUCGAGUAAAAUGAGUUGGUGUCUCAGCCCGGUCGCUAAUGACUACACAAAACCCAUCAAAUGAAAUGUUGUCCUGCACUUAAUUUGGCUCAGCUCUGGCAUUCGUUUAACAGUUCUCUCAGGAGCCGCGUGGAGGGGAAAGUGCCGCACCCUACUGCGUGUGCCAGAGGUCAAUGUCAUGUAUUCAGCAGUAGUCCUGUGAUACCUUACAUUGUGGGAUGUUCUCAAAUAACAAAGGGCUGCACGGCUCUCAAAGAGUUCCAAUUGGAUGCUUUAUCUCUUGACGUGAUGCCGACUGCACAAUCUGGCUGAAAUUGUGGGAGACAAUCUCAAAAGUGUGGGCAGUGGUGGCUCUGCACGUGGCCUGUAAUCCAGCAGUGUGGAGACAGCGAGAGUUGGUGAAUCACCCAGAUGUUGUGAAACUCCCUUUCCAUGAGUGUCGAGGUCCUCCAUAUUCUGGCUCGCUAAAAAGGCUGCAGUAGAGCAAGUGGACUUAUCCCCAUCCGUUUCCAUCUGUACGGGUAUAGUGUUGCCCCAUCACAUGUAUGAGUUUUCUCCAGUUUCCCUCCACUUGCAUAAACUAAUCGACUGAAAACAUCUUAAAGUAAACCCAAUGUAGCUGAAAGAUACUCCUGAAAAAUAACUGUUGGACUAAGCAUGGCUUUUCUUGGAUAAAUAAUAAUGCUUGGUAUGCGUCAUUUAGCACACAACACAUCUGAAAAUGUGCUUUAAUGCAUAUACAAAUGCAACCCAGGCCAAUAAACACAGAAUGUCGAAGGUAUAUGUAUAUAUAUUUUUUUUAUUAAUGCAAUAUAACCAUAUUGUACAAGUAACAGUAAUGAAAAUGCCAGACAAAAAAGCUGUCACAUCGCUGGUAACAAAAUCAACACGUGCUACUCAACUACGUACUUGUUGCACAACCAUGAACCAGAAUCCACGAGUAAGUUUUUUUUUUUAAAAGCUCUCAUUUUUUUCACCAAGCAAAUAAAUAAAGGUAGCGAUUGAAAGUCCGUAUAAAAGUCAGUGGAAAAAAAGGCGCACAACAAUCCGCUUUUUUUGCGCCAGGACAAGAAAGUAAGGCAGUAGUUGGAGCGGGGCAAAUAGAGAGACUACAAGAGGUCACAAACGGGAAGUGGGGUUGAUACUUUACAUGAUUGGCCAAGCAACACUGGGAAUCUUGGUGGUGUGGGAGGGGGAGAACUUGCAGUUUGUACACAAGCAAGCAGAUCGGCGUGUGGUGUUUUUUUUUCCCCCAGAGCAUCCGUCCGCCCGGAAGGGGGUGGGGGGAGGGGUCUAAUAACGAGUAGUGUUAAUAACAAUUAAAGGGGGCUCUUGGCGUCACGUUUUCAUGGUACACAGAGCUGGGGGACCCCCUCUGAGAAAAGCCAGGCCCAGUUCAUUUUGCUGUGAAACUGCAGGGUUCUCAAACUGAAACCCCCAUACGCACAACAGGUUGCACGGCACAGACGUUCACAGUGAUAAACGUGCUUUUUAUUACCCGACAUUUACACUGCAGCCUGGAGAAUGAUCUGGGGUGCAGACAGUACCCUCGUGUUUAACCCACAUGCGCACGCACACACGUAUGCAUGUCAAUACUCUGUACAGUCAUGCCGGACAACAAAUGUCAACCCCUGGUCUCGCCCAAAGCGCGAAAAGCGUCGGGCACAACGCCCCCGCGCUGUGCCCCACGCAGCGUGCAGACUGAAAGUGUCGCAAAACAUUUCGACCCUUUGAUUCUUGAAACGACCAAUAGCAAUUGGUCUGGUAAAUGUAUCCAGACAAAGACGGGGGACUUAUCAACAAAAUUCAUGUUUACUUAACCAGCUUCCAGUGGUUGGCAUCGCAGAAUUACUCCCCUCUUGGGGAGGAGGGGGCUGUGACCCCUAAUGAACAGCAGUGCCUCUCCAUGUGCUCCCCCCCCCCCAUUCAGUUGAAGCCCCUAAGGGUGGCUCGGGAUACACUCUGGUUCAAGCUAAAGUGGUCAUCACGACCGAAUGUUGCUGAUGGCGCUACACUUCUGCAUUGCUGCCUUCCUGUAAGCCGGAUCCAGCAGAAGUUGGAGAGUUGAAACGUUACCUCCAAUGUCUACUCUUAUAGAAUAUCACACUUGUAGAAUGCGUUUCACACACAGGUUGUGAAUGAGUGCCACCCACCGCCCCCGUGUCAGGUGGUGCCCCUGUUUGCAGCGUCCGAGAAUCGCGACUGCCCUCCACCCGGAGAUGUUAUCCCUCAAUAAGCAGUCGCUCGUAGACACUGUGCCAUUGUGUUUGUGCCCCAGUUCGUGGGGAGGCUUAGUAGGGAACAUAGAGUGGAUGAGAUAUGAAAUGUGUUGUUUAAAUUUGCAGGGAGCCAUCCCGGAGAAGCUUUGCCAGAUUGCUACUGCAUGUCUUUGCAGAGGGCUCACUUGGCUCCUGUUCUCUCUCUGAAUAAUUGAAGUACUUGUGGCUGUUAACACGUAGGUUGUAAUACUGGUUAUUCAACGGAGACUCCUCAAAAUGCAUCCCCUGAUAGCCACUUAAUGCAAACGACAGUAUUAUGACCAACACAUUUAGACAAUUCUAUAUUUGGCAUACACUGCAGACGUAAUGCAUCUUUAUAUAUAGAAAUUAUACACACUGUUCCCUGUGCACUUUGUUACAGUUUUUAACCACUUGGGUGGAAUAUUUUUAGUAUUGACAGAAUUCAUGAGCACACGUUCCUGAGCUCAAACAAAACUGCUUUGGGGAGGGGGGGGGUUACUAAAGCAUUUGAGCACCAUUUAACUUUUUGAUGUACACCGGUUGAAGAAGCCAAUAUAUAUUUUCAAAUGACAUAUGCUAUUGUCACGAAUAUCCCAAGACACGGGUGCCAAUGCUGAUGAAGAAAAAAAAAAACUGCUGUUAGCUUUGAGUGCAUGAUACGUCUCGCACCAUUGAGGGCUUAAAAAACAGGGCACCGUUAAACGUGGCAUGCAACAAACGUGACGAUCCUUUCUCCCAGAAUACACGUGGAGCGCACUGAUGAUUUCAAAAUAAGAAUUGCGCUAUCUCGGAAAAUCGGGGUGGGGAGGAAUUAAAUAGCAUUUUCAAUACUCAGCAGUGUCCCAUGAAACCAGAUAGAUAAACGUAAGCUAAUUCUGAUUACGGCAAAUGUGGCUUUACCAGUGAAGAGUGAAUAUUAAUUCAUAAAUAACAUCAGCAAGGGCACACACUGGAUCAGGUUAUAUCUCUUAAGGCUAGUCUUUGGCAGAGGCCUCCCGAUAUUGGUGUAAAAGUGGGGUCUGUGGCAAUGUUGUCAAGGUGGUGGCUUGGGUCUGUUUCAUGCUGGCUCUGUUGAUCGGCACACUCACGUGACCCGGUCAGAGAGGUAAAAAGGAGGCUGAAUAACGUGGCUCUUUAAUAAAGUGACUUGAGAGGCGGGCGGAUGGGCUC